AUGGAUACAAAUAAUAAUCAAUUCAUCUAUUCAUACUAUUCAUUAAUAUUAACUUGUUUAUCAUUAGUGAAUUUUAUUUUAGCUAUUGGAACAUUGAACAUUGGUAAAUGUUUAUUCAUUAUCCCCUUUUUAGCAAUAUCCUUCAUUAUUUUUAUGAGUGAAUUAUUAUUUCUCAUUCAAUUAUAUCACUAUAGAGAAAAUAAAUUUUUUGGUUAUCAAAUGAUAGAAAAUUUAAUAAAAAAUUUAGUACAAUUUUAUAAUUCAAAUCAAAUGGAACAUUUUAUAUUAGAUUAUAUACAGAAUUAUUUUCAAUGUUGUGGUUAUAAUGAAUGGCAUUAUGAAUGGUAUAACAUUACUAGACAAAUAAUAAAAAAGGAUACAAAUCAAUUUAUUGAUUAUUGGGUACCAAAUUCAUGUUGUAAAAAAAUGUAUCAAAAUGAUAAAUAUUGUGGUUAUGCCAUUUAUCAUAUUCUUAUUAAUAAUAAUGAUUAUUUUAUGAAAUUACUGAAAUCUUAUCAACCAAUAUAUAUACCUAAUAAAUGGUAUAUCAAGUUAAAUAAUGAACCAUGUCCAGAAUUAAUUUAUAUUUGGUUAGGUGAAAUACCUGUGUAUUUAAUAAUGUUUGGUUUAACGGUUAUUGUUGCACGACUACUUUACACUAUAUAUAUUGUAUUAAAUUUUGUUAAAACAAACAAGUAGACUGGGUAAUUU